CUUUUUAGAUCGCACACAGCAUCGAGUUAGGCUGUCGGGGUUCAGUGUUGUCAUUUCCAAACAUGCCCAUCACGUUCUAAGUAGAUGGUAAUUUAUUUAUCCUGAGAGUUUAUUCUCUGCCACGAUGAGUAACUUUUGUAGAGAAAUCAUCACUCUUCAGUUGGGACAUUAUUCAAACUUUGUCGGGACUCACUGGUGGAAUUUGCAGGAUGCAUCUUUAUCCUACGAUCCAGACUCGUCCCCGGGUGAGAUCCAGAGUGAUGUCCUCUUUCGAGAAGGACAGACUCUAGGCGGACACGUCACACACACUCCUCGUCUCAUCGCCAUAGAUCUCAAGGGAAGUCUUCGGACUCUACGGCAGGAGGGAAGUCUGUAUGACGCCAGAGAAGACGCCUCCGCUGUCACAUGGGAGGGAAGCUUCAUGAUGCAUGAGGAAACUCCAGCUGAGAAGAACCCUUUUCUAGAAGACCUGGACAGGCUUGAUAGAGGGGAAACCCUUGCUGAAGCUGCCCUUUACUCCCAGCCUCAACGCUCAGCAGCCACAGUGAGCGUGGACGUGAACAGCCAGCUGGCACGGCUCCAGAAGAGCUACCGGCUGGAGGGCAGCGUGAGGGUGUGGUCCGACUUCCUGAGGCUGCACCUGCACCCCCGCAGCAUCUCCGUCAUCCACCAGUACAACCACGACGGGGAGGCUCACCGUCUGGAGGCGUUCGGUCAGGGAGAGGCCGUCCUGCAGGGUCCGGUGCUCGAGCAGCUGGAGGACAAACUGCACUUCUUUGUAGAGGAGUGUGACUACCUGCAGGGUUUCCAGGUGUUGUGUGACCUAGCUAAUGGCUUUGCAGGCCUGGGGUCAAAGGUCACAGAGAUGCUUCAGGACUCCUACGGCGGGAGGGGCAUCCUGACCUGGGGGUUGGCACCUGUCAGUCAUCCGGAUUCAACCCCCAUGAAGGAGCUGUACCACAUGCUGAACUGCACGUUAGGGACGCUGAGCAUGGCCAGCAACAGCUCCUUCUUCUGCCCUCUGACUCUGCGGGGGGGACUGGGCAGACGGCCCUCCGCUCCCGCUGCGUUCCCCUACCUGAAUUAUGAUCCCUCCCUGUGGUACCACUCCAGCUCUGUGCUGGCGCUGGCCCUCGAUGCCCUCACCCUGCCUUACAGGCUGCAAAAAGACAGCGUCCCCAUGUGGCAGUUGGCAGACUCCCUCGCCGUCUCUGGCAGAAAGGUGGUGGCUGCUUACGGUGCAGUUCCCUUCCCUAUGAUGCAAGACAGCUCUCUCCCUGACGCCCUGAGUGCCUGCACAGAGGCGUUGCCCUGGAGACCUCUAUCAGCUUGCCCUGAACCAGGCGACCGGCGAUUAUACGGACAGUGGGCGACGCUCAAAGGCUACGAGGGACAGAAGCUAACCAGCUCUCUGGCCCCGGGGACCCAGCCCCCCACUCCUCUGCACAGCCUCCGCAACGGGGAGGAUGUCCUGGAGUCCUACAUCAGAUCCUUCUAUCCCACGUCCCCUCUGGCUCUGCAGUUGGUGUCCGCACCCAGUAAGCUGACACCACCUUUCCCUCGGAUAUUCACCCAGUCCCUUGGUGCCCAAGGCUUCCUGCAGAGCCAGCCUCCUCCACGCGGAUCUCCAGCCCCGGCAGUCUCCUCGGCCCCCAUCAUGGCGUCCCUCCAGUCCUCCACAGCGCUCGGCUCUUGGCUGGCCGACAUGCAUCGCGGAGCCAGCACUUUAGACAUCUGCCGCGUGGCCCCCAGCUUCCUCUCCCAGGGGCCCGAAAUGGCAGACUACAAGGAGGCCCUGGAGGAGCUGCGCCUACUGGCUCGUUGUUACCGUGACGACAGCAUGAUACACUCUUCGUCAGAAGAGAGUGACGAUUACUGACACUGGUAGCUUUGUGGUCUGGAUUUGAAUAGACUGCUAAGGCAUCAGCCUGCAUGCGCUCACACACACACACACACACACACACACACACACACACACACACACACACACACACACACACACACACACACACACACACACACACACACACACACAUCAGAUGAGGGGAUAUUUAAAGGUUAAACCUCUACAUGUGAGAAGACAUCCAGGUGAUGAACGUAGCAUCAUACGACUGUAUGGACUGUGGUUACACUUCCCUAAAUGACUGUUUAACUGUAAUGAAAUGUGUUUUUUUAUACUAAGUAUACAUAAAAAGAUAGUUUUUUACAUUACGUUGCUCCUCUGUUUUGGGCGCAGGUUGCUCUAUAAAUGAUUAGCACAUAUUGUCAAUUAUAUUGUAAACCACUUGAUACAUACUAUAAAAGUAAAGGAAAAGCUAAAUGACGAUUAAAGCAUUUAUAGACGGCCACCACAAAUGCUCUGUUUUUUUUGUUUUGACAAAUUAGAAUACAUGUCCCACAAACUGUUGAAGAUAUUUGACAAUGGUUUCAUGUAGCUAUUCCUGAACUUAUAUUAUAAAAAAGACCACAGCUAAGUCGUGA